CUUGCUAUGGCUGGCGACGAGGUUGAGCGAUCGCGUCUGCUUUGUAUGGACUUGCCCAGGAUAGCAGACCAACAGAUCAUACGAUGGCUGAGCUGGCAGGAAAGCUGGAUCACGCAGUCAGUCGUAGCAGCACUCCACCUACCUGAGCAGUCUGAUGCUGGUGCUCACCAUAUGAGCACCGCCUCUUCAUUGAACUCGGUGCUCUCGCUCGUUGAAAAGGAUGUAUAAAGUCGCCGUCGACGGAUGCGACAAUCCAUCAUCAGCAUCAAAUCUUCACAUCCAUCAGACUAACAAACUGAUUUCUACACCUCUCAUCAAUAACAUCUUUGAGAUUGCUUCUCUAUCAGCCAUCCACCAAGCAAGAAUGCAGCUCACUCUCAUGUCAAUCACGGCCAUCCUGGCAGCCCUCACCACCGCCGUGCCAGCCCCAAUCCCAAACCCUUUCCACGAAAUCACCGUCCAAAUCGCCAACGACAUCACCGGAGCCCAUGCCUCCGCGACAGUCCUCAGCGAUGGUCUCGCACGCAAUCUCACCGACCUCUUCGGCGGCAGCGCCAUCGACAAUCACGGCGCCAUCGUGGGCACCUCGGCAAUGUUGACGCAGUUCACCGAUGGGACGCGGUGCUUCUUCCAAAACUACAACCAUAUUAUCGACAUGAAUGGGAGGGAAAAGAGUUAUGUGGAUCUGGAUGGGGAUAGGAGCAAGGCCAUUCCUGUAUACUUGAAUGGUUUCAAUUUGCAGUGCCCGGAGUAGAUGUGGAAGGUGAAUAUGAGGUGGGUGAGGUGGGUGAGGAGGUGUUGGAGGAUAUUGGAUGUUUUGGGUGUAUUUGUGCGGAUGGGCAUCAUAGACGUGUUGGGUUCGUGUUCUUUCCUUUCGGUUGUUUACUUGUCAUCUGGCCGUUCGUUCGUUCCUUCUGAAUUUCUUAGCAUUAGACUAUCUGUCAAUCACUUGAAAC